CAGCUUGUUGGACGUUAUUGCUACCAACCGCCGCGACCUGGUCCGUAGAGCGGGCGUUACCCGCUGUCACUACGGAGGGCCGCAUGAUUUCACACGUGUAUUACUUACGCGAGAGGCUCACCCGGUGAACGCGGCCGGCUCUAUGGUAUACCGACGUUCCUUGUCACGUGUGGACUUCCCGGCAUUUAAUCAGCAGCUCUACGCCGCCGACUGGCUACCGGUCUUCGCAGCACCGACAACGGACACCAAGUGGGACCGGUUUCAGCGGAUCCUGAUAUCUCAGCUAGACACCGUAGCACCACUGAGGCGGGUACGGGAGAGGCGGCCUGCCGCUGUGCCUGUCACGCCGGAGACCCGGCAGCUGCUGCGAGACCGCCGCGCCGCCCUCGGCUCCGCUGACCGGGCCGAGUACAAGCGGCUGAACCGGCUGUGCCGCGCGGCGGUACGUGCCGACUGCCGGGCGCGGUACGAGGGGGAGCUGGCGCGGAGCGGCCGAGCUGCGCUGUGGCGAGUGCUGCGGCCAGUGAUCGGUCGGAAGCAGCAGCAGCAGUGCACUGUGCCGAACAUCACCCCAGACGCGCUCAAUGACUAUUACGUAACUGUCGGUCCAAGCACUUCUGCCAGCGUACCUGCGCCCGCUACGCCUGUAACUACAGUGCUACCCAGAGUGCUAACAUGCAGUUUCCGUGUCGGGCCAGUUAGCAUGGAUGAACUGUACUCUGCACUGAUGAGCAUGAAGCCGUCCAGCUCGACCGGACUCGACGGUAUAAGUGUGCACAUGUUGCAGAGGUGUUUCACCGGACUGAGUCACACGUUGCUUGAUGUAGUUAACUCCAGUCUUUCAUCCGGCUGUGUCCCUAGUGGUUGGAAACACGCACUUGUUACUCCUAUCCCAAAGGGUAAAAUCUCUGCCGACCCUUCUGAUACGAGGCCUAUUUCGCUGCUGCCGGCCAUUAUGAAGAUAGUAGAACGCGUAGUCCAGUGUCAGUUGACCGGUUAUUUAGAGCAGCAUGCACUUCUCGCGGACGCCCAGCACGGUUAUCGCAAGUGUCGGUCGACCGAGACAGCACUCCACGUCGUUACCGAUCGAGUACUCUGUGCCAUGGAUCACUGA